ACUCCUUUAAUAGACAUGAGCGAAUUCGUUCUGGAGAGAAAUCUUAUAAAUGUAAUGAAUGUGGAGAAACUUUCAGGUUGAGAAGAAGCCUUGUCAUACAUGAAACAACUCACAGUGGGGAGAAUCCCUAUAAAUGUAAUAAAUGUGGAAAAGCCUUCACUCGGAUUGAUAGCUUUAAGAGGCAUGAGAAAAUUCAUACCGGAGAGAAACCAUUUAUAUGUAAAGAAUGUGGAAAAGCCUUCAUGUUUAAGGGAAUCCUUGAUAUACAUGAGGUAAUUCAUUCUGAACAGAUGCCUUACAAAUGUAAUGAAUGUGGGAAAGCCUUCAAACUCAAGGGAUACCUGAUUAUACACAAGAGAAUUCAUACCGGAGAGAAACCCUAUAAAUGUAAGGAAUGUGGAAAAGCCUUCACUCAGAACUAUCACCUUAAAAUUCAUAAAAGUGUUCAUUCUAAAGAGAAACCCUAUAAAUGUAAUGAAUGUGGAAAAAACUUUACUCGGGCAGAUAGCCUUAAGAGUCACAAAAAAAUUCAUACUGGAGAGAAACCAUAUAUAUGUAAAGACUGUGGGAAAGCCUUCAUGCUUAAGGGAAGGCUUGCUAUGCAUGAAAAAAUUCAUACUGGGAAGAAACCCUAUAAAUGUAAUGAAUGUGGGAAAGUCUUCCGCCAAAAAGCAGGCCUUGAUUCACACAAGAGAAUUCAUACUGGGGAGAAACCCUUUAAAUGUAACGAAUGUGACAAAGCCUACCAGCAGAAGGCAGGUCUUGAUUCACAUAAGAGAAUUCAUACUGGAGAGAAACCAUUUAAAUGUAAUGAAUGUGGAAAAGCCUUCAGGGAGAAAGGAAGUCUUAAUUUACAUAAGAGAAUUCAUACUGGAGAAAAACCUUUUACAUGUAAUGAAUGCGGAAAAGCCUAUAGGCAGAAGGCAGGCCUUAAUUCACAUAUAAGAAUUCAUACUGGAGAGAAACCAUUUAAAUGUAAUGAAUGUGGAAAAGCCUUCCGGGAGAAAGGAAGUCUUAAUUCACAUAAGAGAAUUCAUACUGGAGAAAAACCUUUUACAUGUAAUGAAUGCGGAAAAGCCUAUAGGCAGACGGCAGGCCUUAAUUCACAUAUGAGAAUUCAUACUGGAGAGAAGCCCUUUAAAUGUAAUGAAUGUGGAAAAGCCUUCAGGGACAAAGCAGGCCUUAAUUCACAUAAGAGAAUUCAUACUGCAGAGAAACCCUUUAAAUGUAAUGAAUGUGGAAAAGCCUUCAGGGACAAAGCAGGCCUUAAUUCACAUAAGAGAAUUCAUACUGGAGAGAAACCAUUUAAAUGUAAUGAAUGUGGAAAAGCCUUCAGGGAGAAAGGCAGUCUUAAUUCACAUAGGAAAAGUCAUAACUGACUU